AGGUGGCAUUCCUCGGCUGGUGGGGGCGAGGCGUCAUCACGGAGGCCGGCGGCAGCGCGCACGUACGCAUGCGCGGAAUCCCAGCCCUGCGCGGCCCCGGCAUUGCGCGCUCCAGGCGGGCUGCGGCUUGCAGAGAAGCAGAGACUGAGGAGAGAGCAGAGCACGGAGCGGAGUACACAUACGGCCGCCAGUCCCGGAGCAGCUCCAGCGUUCUCCACACUGCCCCUGGAGACAGCCUCCCCGCGGGGGCCCCCCGCCCUGUGCAGCAUGUCAGCAGCACAGGUGUCCUCGUCACGCCGGCAGUCCUGCUACCUGUGUGACCUGCCACGCAUGCCAUGGGCCAUGAUCUGGGACUUCACUGAGCCAGUCUGCCGUGGCUGUGUCAACUAUGAGGGUGCAGACCGGAUAGAGUUCGUCAUCGACACCGCGCGCCAGCUAAAGCGCAGCCAUGGCUUCCAGGAUGGCCGCUCUCCGGGGCCACAGGGGCCCAGCUCUGGUGGGGCGGCUAAACAGCACCCAGCUGUGCAGGCGGCGCUGACCGCCAAGGACACGGCGCAGCUCAACCACUUGGAUGGAGCCUCGAAGGCUGCGGCGUCUGGAUUGGAGAGGUAUGGACUGGCCACAGACCGCGGUCGCUUUGAAUACCUGGCCGCUGCUGCACGGCUUCCCAAUGGCCUUAACGGGUUCCCGAAACCAGGCGAGGAUGGGCCCCCGGAACUGAAUCGUCAGAGCCCAAAUUCUCGUGGUCGCACGGGGCAUGGAUUAAUCCCACAGUUGGCACCCGGGCAGCUGAGUGUCCCCCCAAAUCUGCUCCCUCAGACCUUGCUUAAUGGCCCACCAACAGCCUCUUCGUCUGGUAACCCCCAUGUACUUGGAAGAGGUCCCGCUGGCUCUAGUGGCCUCAGUGUCCCCCCACCCCCUACAGCAACCUCUUCUGGUGACCCCAAGCGUCCAGGUUCUGUGUCCAGCACUGACCAAGAGCGGGAGUUGAAGGAAAAACAGCGGAAUAGUGAGGCUUUGUCCGAACUUACAGAGAGCCUGCGUAGCCGGGCAGAGGAGUGGGCAGGGAAGCCCAAGCCUGUACGGGAUGCUUUGCUCACCCUAUCUGCAUGUACACCUUUUGAUGUUCGUUUCAAAAAAGACCAUGCUUUGCUGGGACGAGUCUUUGCCUUUGAUGCUACAUCCAAGCCAGGCUUGCUGGACUAUGAGCUAAAACUGUUCGUGGAGUAUCCUAGCGGCUCACUUAAUGUGUUCAGCUCAGCUUCUGGUGUAGCCAAGCAGAUGUACCAGGACUGCAUGAAGGACUUUGGACGUGGUCUGUCGUCUGGCUUCAAGUACCUGGAAUACGAAAGGAAGCAUGGCUCUGGAGAUUGGCGUUUACUUGGAGACUUGCUACCUGAGUCAGUACGCUUCUUUAAAGAAAUGGUUGGAGCGGACAUGCUACCACAGCCCUACCUUGACCCUGGCUGUCCCAUGCUGCCGAGUGCCCUUGUGAACCUUCCGCGGGCCCUUGCGGCAGCUGCUGCGGCUGCAUCCUCCUCCGCUGGUGGAAGCAGUCAAGCUAGAGGUGGAUCGAGGAAACGCAAAGCAUCACCUGAACCAGAUUCUGCCGAGGGACAGAUGUGGAUCACUGGGCAACCGGAUGGUAUAAAACAGUUGAGCUUAGCAGCUGCUGGAGGGACUCCGUCCUCGUCCUCUUCAGCAUCAUCAUAUGGCGGCCCUGCUCCACCACCUCCACCGCCGCCUCUUGGCCCUGGGCACCUUCAACGAACCACCCCACCCGAGAGUGCCCCACCAAGUGGCCCCUCACCAAUGGCAGCACUGCAAUCAGUUACAGACACUUUGGGCACUGCUCAUUCCCCCAAGGAUGGACAGGCUGGUGGGGUACCGCCGGUGCACUCCACCACCUCAUCUGCUCGAAGGAACAGCAGCAGCCCGGUCUCGCCGGCAUCGAGGCGCCUGAAUUCUCGCAAUGGUGGGGGCUCAGCGGAACUCAGCCUACAAGUGGCACCUGCUGGGGGGGCUCCUCACCCGGGAAUGGACCAAGUGCACCCCCAGAACAUUCCUGACUCUCCCAUGGCCAACAGUGGGCCUCUAUGCUGCACCAUUUGCCAUGAGCGUUUGGAGGACACACACUUUGUCCAGUGCCCAUCUGUACCCAGCCACAAAUUCUGCUUUCCCUGCUCGCGGGAAAGUAUCAAGGCCCAGGGAGCAACGGGUGAGGUUUACUGCCCAAGUGGAGAGAAGUGCCCCCUGGUCGGAUCCAAUGUUCCUUGGGCUUUCAUGCAGGGGGAAAUUGCCACAAUCCUUGCAGGGGAUGUAAAGGUGAAAAAGGAGAGAGACCCAUAGUAUAGUAAGAGUGGAAUUCACUUGUAUGUACAGCACCUCAUCUAUAACCUGCAGACCAAGGACAGGCUCCAGGAUGCGGUGACGAGGAAACUGGACAUCAUAUAUUUACAUCUAAUUCGGUUUAUCCCACUCCCCUGGGUCAGCCUGCAAACAUACAUGAGGCGGUGAUUUUCCCAGAUGUGACUUCCAUCAGUCACCAGUUUUGGGGGCCAUUUGGGAUUUGGAACCGUGAAAUUGAACAGUUUGUACUAUUCAUCUUUUUGGGGGAUAAUGUGCCGGAGUUUUAUCAUGACGAAGUAAAAGAAGAAGAGAAAACACACACACACAAAAAAAAAAAGAGACGUGUGAGAGACAGGACUUGAGACCCGGUGCGUGUACGUCCCAGGAGCGGAAAGCAGGAUUGAAGCUGUAUAAAGCGUUUGCAGAACCCGAGCUUGACUGUUGGGCUGGAUGUUCAUAAAAACUUAGUCUUAUGUACAGAUCUUAUUUUUGUGGUGUUUCAGGAGUUUGAGACACUUGUUAUGUAAACUUCAUUUGAAGGGUGACACAAAUCAUGUUUGGGUGUUGUGGGAUAUUAUCUGUCCUAUCUCCCCCCCUCCCCCCCCCAUUUUAUUUUCCCCCCCUUUUUACUCUCCCCUCCCUCCCUCCAUUUUUCCAGCUUCUGUGGCAAGUGUGUCCACUAGGUAAUGGUCCUAGCACUUAGCAAUGCUGCUGGUAUUUUGUGAUGUGCGCACUCCUCUCCAGUCCGAGGGGUGGACGGUGAAUCUAUUAAAUCUUUAAAACAAAACCUAUCCCCGUUUUCCUUUGAGGUGGGUGUGACUGACACAUCACACAAUGUUAUUUUUUCCCGUCCCCAUUAUGGUGAAGUUGUUUUUUUUUCCACUGAUACUACGGGAGGGUGUAUAAUCCAGUGUAAUUAUCCGUUUGCAGGUUGCUGCAGGUCUACACAAUGCAAUUUUAAUUGGUUUAACCCGGCAAGUGCUGGCAGUAACUGCUGUCUCUUGGCCAGUAAAGGGUUGCGUGUUUAUGUUUAUAUAUAUUUCCAUAUAUAUAAUUAUAAACAUAUACGUACAUAUAUAUAAAUAUAUAUAUAUAUUCUUUUUGCACGGAUGCUUUUAAGCAGUAGAGCAAAUUGCUAUCUGUACAUUUAGGGUGGGAUACAUUUUUUUUUGUUUUUGUCCAGAAUACAUUUCUGUAGUAAAACAGACCACUGUUAUGUGCCUUCGAGCUGAUUACAUUGUAAUAAAUUUGAUUCAUAUUA